AGGAGGCCCGCAGCCUGCAGGCCGUCGCCAUGAUGCGGGGCACGUGUGCCACAAGCCGCACCCCUUUGAUCUCAAGCGCGGGGCUCUCGCUCACUCACCUACUGCACUUACCUUCUUACCUCCUUUGGCGUUGACCUCCUAUAGAAGCGAGACGCAUGAGCCCCGGCCGAUGCAUUGCGACAAGAGCGCGAAAGGAAACACGAGUCGGACACAGUCCGCACCGCCCAGGCAACAACGCACGGCCAGUGCCUCCCUCUCUGUUGCAGACCUAUCAAUGUGCAGUGCGAGGAUUUGUACGAACUCAUUUCUUGCCUUUUACCAGAAGUGACCGCGAGUCCCGCACAACACUGCACUUACUCAAUCUUUGGAAACACCUCACCCUUCGUGGGUUCGAAACUCUGUUUUUGCACUUUUCUUUUUGCCUUUUUGCCCCAACCGACUGCAUCCUCUUGUGUAGGCACUCCGCUCUGACAACGCCACAACUAUUUUGUGAACAUUACUUACAGUCUUCAUCUUUUUGCACGUCUCGUGUAUCUCGAUUUGGCCGGAAUGCCGUAGCAGUCUUGCAAUUCGCUGUAGAAAUCAAAUGUAGGUAUCAUGAACCCACCCAGGAAUCUGGUACUCCCAGCCUACUUACUACCAUAUACACAAUGUCCACAUCAUGACACGUGAACAUGUUUGAAUUCGGUACGCUCAACGGGGCAUCGCACAAUAAACCACACAUCGUAUUUUGCAUGAAGCACACACCCGAAUUCUCACUCACCGCAGUUAUGGAUGCAGCGCAGAGUAUAAGCGAGAGAACGGUCGCAUUACGAUUCGUGUUAAACAUCCCGACGGAACAAG